GAAAAAAAGAGCAGCAGGGUCACUGUGUAUCAUUUCCCAGAAGGAGAGACCAAGGCACAGGGUAAUGCCCAGACCAGGCAGGGAGGAGCAACAAGCCAGGCUGCACAAGAUCCGGUGUCACCCCUACCGCUCAGAGAACAAGCCGAUCUAUGGAGGUGCCCAUGGAAGAGCCCACGCUCACUCCCCGCAGCUCCGUGGUGAAGCACAAUGCCUGCAAGGCCAUGCUCCUCGUGCUCACCCUACUUUUCUUUCUCCUCUGUCUCCUGGGCAGCUGGGCGCUGCUGAGGGUGACGCUGGGGCGCUCUGAUACCCGCUUUCGGAUAUCCGUGGAGUACAGUGGACAGGGCACACAGGACACUGCUGCUCUGGACUCCAUCUACACGUCCAACUGCACUACAGGGUCUCCGGGCUUGCAGAUAACACUACAGGGGAAGUACACCUGCCGGGAUGGGACGGCAGUCAGACUGGACCGCGUGUGCGACUUUCAGAGAGACUGUGCGGCGGGAGAAGAUGAGGGGCUGAUGUGUCGCGACUUCCUUCUCGGUAGCUACUGCUCCUUUGAAGAGGGGGAUUGUGGGUGGCAGACUUUGACAUCAGCCUCUAAUGGAACGGCCUGGGGGGUCCAAGAGGGUCAACAAGAAGACCGCCAAGAGGGAAAGGACAGCUGUCCAUUCACAGGAAGAGCACUGGUUCUGGACAGCAGUGAGUUUGGGAGCGACGAGCCCAGCAUGAUGAGGAGCCCCUUGUUCCCACCCCCACUAAAAAACUCUCCCUGUCAGGUUUGGUUCUCUGUGUGUGCUGGAGGCUCCCUACAGGGGGAACUGUCACUUUGGCUGGUGGAGAACAGCACCAGGGAAGAGGAAAGUCGCAGGCUUUGGGGGUUUGAUAACAGCAGUGGGGCGGAGGGCUGGAGCAGACUGGCCAUUCCUGUGCACGGAGUAUCUGACAGGUUUUGGCUGCAGUUCACUGGGAGUGGAGAACAUGGAUCCUUUAUUGCUAUUGAUAACCUCUCACUCAGCUUAGACUGCUUCCUGGCAUCCAAUGGAGACCUCCCACCCAAGAUCACACUGCUCAGUACCAGCAUGAGGAACUUGGAAUCCACCAAUCAGAACAGCACAACAGCUGCCCCAGCCAAUGAGCACUCAGAAGGAGAAGGACUAGAUGUCACAGAGUUCCCAGAUUUUCAAGAAGAUACAUCCUGGAGCUUUGGCACUUGUGGAGCGACUGGGCCAGUGGGCCCCACCACAACACAGUGCAGCAACUCAUACGGGGGCACACACAUCAACGUGUCUGUGGGCACAGAAGGGCCGCUGCGGGGCGUGCAGAUGUGGAGAGUACCUGCCACCGAUACCUACAGGAUCAUGAGCUAUGGUGCUGCUGGAGGCAGGAGUGUGCUGAUCCCUGAUCGAUCGUUUGGCUUCUUUCUGGAGGCCCAUUUCUUCCUGCAGAAGGAUGAGCUGCUCUACAUCCUGGUGGGGCAGCAAGGGGAAGAUGCCUGCCCAAACUCGGACGCUGUCAUCAACAGAGUGUGUCUGGGAGAGACGAGCGUGAUUGACAACGAGACCCAAUCAAAGAAGUUGGUGGAGGAGUGGGCGGGAGGAGGAGGAGGAGGGGGUGGAGCUACCUUUAUAUUCAAGAUGAAGGACGAGGUGCCAGUGCCUCUCCUCAUCGCAGGUGGAGGGGGUGGCAGAGGCUACAGUGGCAAGGCCGAGAAUCACAGGGAGAGUCUGGAGAAUGACACCACUGUCCAAGGGGUCAACGGCGACUCUGGGGCAGCAGGAGGCGGUGGCGGCUGGGAUGACAAGAUGCCCGUGUCCUCGGGGGGGCUGCCCAUGCUGAGGGGGGCUCUGGGGGGGCAGUCCUGUCCGCAUGCCCUCCGGAAGUGGCAGCUGAGAGGUGGCUUCGGAGGGGGUGGUGGGGGCUGCUCCUCUGGUGGGGGAGGAGGUGGCUACAUCGGUGGUAGCACAGCUCAGGAUGAUGACCCUGAUCGGGAUGGAGAAGACGGUGUUUCCUUUAUCAGCCCUGAGGGUGAUUUGUACUUGCCACCAUUAAAAGUGAUGGAGAGCCACGGCGAGGUGAGAAUCGAGCUGGCUCUGGACUGCAGUCACUGCCAGACAAGGGAGUGCCACCUGAGAGGAGAGCCGGCGGAGCCGCAGUGUUACUGUGAGGCCGGAUUCACACUGGCACCGGACCAGGUCUCCUGCAUUGACAGUGACGAUGUCAAAGGCACUGUAAACCAGGAAAUGUCUCGUCUGCCCAUGCCCCUGGUCUUGUCAGUGGUGAUGUCAGCUAUCAUUGCAGCUCUGCUGCUCGCCAUUUCAGGCAUUAUGUUUGUGUACCGGCGGAAACACCCCGAGCUGCAGUCCAUUCAGCUGGAGCUGCAGAGCCCAGAGUGCAAGCUGAGCAAGCUUCGCACCUCCACCAUCAUGACAGACUACAACCCCAACUACUGCUUCGCCGGCAAGACCACCUCCGUCAAUGACCUGAAAGAGGUGUCGCGCAGGAACAUCUCACUCAUGAGGGGGCUUGGCCAUGGAGCCUUUGGAGAGGUGUACGAGGGUCAGGUGUUCGGGAUCCCUGGAGAGCCCAGCCCGAUGCAGGUCGCCGUCAAGACUCUCCCGGAGGUCUGCUCCGAGCAGGAUGAGCUGGACUUUCUGAUGGAGGCUCUCAUUAUUAGUAAGUUCAACCACCAGAAUAUCGUGCGCUGCAUCGGGGUGAGUCUGCAGGCCCUCCCGCGCUUCAUACUGCUCGAACUCAUGGCUGGCGGAGACCUGAAGUCCUUCCUGCGGGAGACGCGUCCACGACUGAGCCUGCCCUCCAGCCUAUCAAUGGUAGACCUACUAAGCGUGGCCCGAGAUAUUGCCCAGGGCUGCCAGUACCUGGAGGAAAAUCACUUCAUCCACAGAGACAUAGCUGCCAGAAAUUGUCUCCUUACCUGCAAGGGUGCUGGAAGAGUUGCUAAAAUUGGAGAUUUUGGGAUGGCCAGGGAUAUCUACAGGUCCUGCUACUACAGAAAAGGGGGUUGCGCCAUGCUGCCAGUGAAGUGGAUGCCCCCUGAGGCAUUCAUGGAGGGCAUUUUCACGUCCAAAACAGACACCUGGUCGUUUGGGGUGCUGCUCUGGGAGAUCUUCUCUUUGGGGUACAUGCCCUACCCCAGCCGCAGCAAUCAGGAGGUGCUGGAGUUCGUGACCAGUGGGGGCAGGAUGGACCCUCCUAAGAACUGUCCCGGGCCCGUGUACAGGAUAAUGACGCAGACCUGGCAGCACCAGCCUGAGGAUAGACCCAACUUCUCCACCAUCCUGGAGCGAGUCGACUACUGUCUGCAGGACCCAGACGUUGUGAAUACCCCUCUCCCUGUGGAGUAUGGCCCCGCCCUUGAGGAAGAGGAGGCGGUGCCCAUGAGGCCUAAGGACCCCAGCAGCACCUCCCCUCUCAUGGUGUCCCCACUGCCGGAGGAAGACAAGCUGAAUGCUUCCAACCUGCAGCCCACCCCUCCUCCCCUUCCCGUCCCUCUUGCCCGGCCUUCUAGCCUCUCCGUGCCCCAGAAUAGCCCCCGGCACCCCCCUCGUCUACGGCCAGCUCUGCAGCAGAGCUCCGGAGGAGCCUCCCCAGAGGAUGCCAGCGGGGGGCACGUCAACCUGGCCUUCUCCCAGAAACAGCCCCCAGAGGUGGACUGCAGGAACGGCAAGCCCACCAACCUCUGGAACCCCACCUAUGGAUCCUGGUAUCUGGACAAGCAGCGAGCACAGACCAAGGGUGAGGGAGGUGAGCGGAGGGCUGCUGGCGAUACCACGGAACAGGCUGCUCACCGACCUCCACCGGCCGUGCUCCUGGAACCCUCUACCCUCUCACAGGGAACCCCCGCUGUCCCCUUGUUCAGACUGCGACGCUUCCCCUGCGGGACCAUCAGCUACAGGUCCAAGGAGCGGGGUUUGCCCCCGGAUCCUCUGCCGCCACCACUGCAAAAAAUUGGUCCCGCCAGGACAGGCAGUGCAGGGAAGGGCCGUCCUUUGCUUGUUUCCAAGGUGACUGCCAUUCAGCUGGACCCACCUCGGCAGGAUCCCCCUCGACAAAGCAUCCCUCCCCGGGACUCCAGGCUUCCCCUGACGGAGGAUGUCAGUGCCACGGUACUCUAGUGUGAUCCCUGAAGUUAUUCCCUUCCUAAACUAAUUGCAACUUCUGCUGGUUCCCGAUGUUGCCAGGCAGCAAGCCACAGUGUCAGAUGUAUUUAACUGCUAUUCAGAUUCGUAAUGGCAGUUUUUUAAAGGGUUGUCAAUCCUUUGUGGAAUCAACCCCUGUGUAUGUGUGUGUGUGUGUUUUUUUGUUUUUUUUAAAGGUAAAAAUGUGUGAGAAAUAUGGAAAAGUCAUGCAGUAACAUUGUGGGUACCCAAUCUCAAACAAACAGUAAAGCUUUCAUAGUGCUUAGGGGUUCAUCAGAGACUCAGAUCAGGUUAAGCCCCUAUUUGAGUUGCAAAUGGCUGUAAUCUUUCAUGAUAAAUUCUGGUUUUAAAUAACAGGGUUUUGUAUUUCCCUAUCCAGUGUUUUUGUUGCUUUUCCGCCUUGCGCAGAUGUACUCCAUGUCUAUUCAAAAGACUGACAAUACCGAAUAAGGAAACCUCGCAUGUAGAAAGGCUACUCCAAGUAAUUUUGUGUGUCCUUGAUGUUGUGUAAAAGCUGUGUUCAAUUAGGGCUUGAACCCCCCCUUCCCAUAAAAACAGUGAUAAACACAGUCCAAGGCAUCCAGUACCCAAAUAUGAAAUUGAAAAGGGACAGGAUGGUCUCUGGAGCCAUUGGGUAUAAAGUUACAAGGGAGCAGGAUCAAAUCCUAGAUUCAUUGGUGUGUUACGUGGCUCAUACCCAUUGUGUAUGUUGUAUAUGAUUCUGUAUGUUUUACCUUAUUGUUCAUGUCUAUAGCAGGUCAUUUUCUGGUGUCUGUCUGGCUGACUGCAGAGUUCCUCUAACAAGACAAAAGCAUGCAAGUUCCUUUGAAGGGUUGCAUGCAAAAAUGCCCCUUCUGCAUUAACUACUCAUUCUAAUUCCUGGACAAACUGGAUGACUCCAUGCAUUCAACUUAUAAUAACUGUGUGGAAGACUAACUGUGUGGUACCUCUUUUUAUUUAUUGUAGUUCCACUGUGGAAUACUUCCAACUUUAAAUUACAGACUACGAAUUUAUUUUUUCCAAAUGACUUGAGCACUUAAAUGUUUGUUUGGUUGUAGUUUGUCCUGCUCUUGCGUAUUGUGCCAAGUACUCAGAUGAGGUCUUAAUGUAUUGCCUUUUUAAUCUAGGUAAAGGUAGUGGAUUUGAACUAGAUUCUCAAAGCUUUUUACACCAAAUUGUCAUUAGCACAACUUAUUCUGUACUGAAAAAACAAAAACAACCAAUUGUAAUAUUGCUUACAAUAACCAGCAUUAACGGGCUGAGUUUAUUUGUGGUUUGUUAACAGUCAUGGGUGUGUUUUUUACACUGGAAAACAUUUGUUAUAAAGAAUUGGAGUUCAAAAGCUUCAGUAAUUAUAACAAUGAUAAUAAUAAUAAUUAUCCGAUGAGUUACUCUGAAACACUAAUUUAUUAAUGUAGCUUCCCCAUCUUAUGCAGAAGAGCCAAACCUUUUUGCAGUUUACAGACUACCAAAAUCCAUAGCUUUCCAAUAUUUUAUCUAUUAUUUUAUUUCCCCUUUUAUUUUGCAAUAUAGCACAAAAUCCAUAACUUACCAGAAGCAGGAGACUAUUGGACAAAGUGCAGCAAGAGAAUGGGAGAAAACUAAAUGUUAAAAAACCGUUUGGAAAAGUGACUGUACUGGAAGAUAUAUACAGUUCCUGAGGCGCAACACUACCCUAGUUUUUUUUUUUUUUUGGAGCACACAUGACACGUUCUCUUAAUAACUGUUUGGUAGAACAAAGGGUCACAUGCAUCAUCACACAAUGGCCAACGUGAUCAUGAACAAACCCAAUAGUACAGCAUAUGUGCUCUACUGAACUUUCCAGUGCAAAAACCCAUCACAAAUAUACUGCCCUCAAUAUUUCCUUAUUUUUUUUAUUUGCUAGUCGGAUAGCAAAAGAACAAGUUAAUCUAGUCCAAAAGUCCCAUUUGCACAACUCUGCUCAGAUUCUCUGUGUAUUUUAUUUUAUUGUAAAGUGCCUUGGGUUGCUCGGUCAGUAAGCAGAGCCGUAGCAUUCUGAAUGGUUUUAACUUCCCUUUGAAAGAGUCUGCAUUGAAUAUGGACUAUGUAGAACACAGAGGGUUAAAAAUCACUCCACCUAUAAAAUUAUACACAGCGUUUUAUUCCCGAUGAAAUGUCUAAUUUCCAAAAGGGUUUGUUUAAAUGUGAAACAUCUGAAAAAAACAAUCAAAUACUAAGCCUGUCUUUUAUUAAUUCAGGUAUUUAUUGGUGUGCUUUAAAGGGUUUAUUAGAAUCACAUGCACAGCACUUUGUUAAAAGGUUUGUUUAAAAUGUAUAUUACAAAAAUGUUCUUGAUGUUCGUGUUUUUUGUUGGCCAAAUCUGUGAAUUUGUCUUUCUAGUUGAUAAACGUCGGUGGCCAUUUAAACUGCAGUUGUUGGUAUGAAGGCGGCAGUGGCCUCAGCAAUGUCCCGUUCCUGGCUCUUUCAUAGCACUGGUACGAGCAAGUAUGCUGUGAAAUGAACAGGAAUGGAAAACACGUUUAAACUGUGUGUCACUGCGGUUUACAGGGGGAUACUCUGGCAAGUAUAUAAUAUAGCAGCACUACAGCGAUGCAUGAUGCACUGCCUGGGUUAUUGGACAGUAAUAUUUAUAUUGUGUACAUAGCAAAAUGCCUAUUAAUAUUUAUGUUAUACCAAUGUUUUGUUUUGUUUUUUUUUGU